CCCUGAGGUUCACAACACAGGCCGGUCUUGGUGUUCCUGCAUUCCACUUUCCUUUGGUUCAGUUUGAGCUGCAGUUGCCAUCAUGAGACUGGGCGUGCUUCUACUCGUGUCGGUGCUUUGGACGGCGCAAGGAUUUCCUGCACGGAAUGGUUGCGUCGGAAGACCAGGCGGUCCCCCAGGUUUAGGCAAUCCAUCUUUCCAACCAGUGGUAUUUGUACCCGUCUACUUGGCUUCCCCGGCAACUGGUCCAUGCGGUGGUCCAGGUCAAGGAGGUGAUGGUGGAAGUGGAGGAAGCGGUGGAAGUGGAAGUGGUACCGGAAGUGGAAGCGGAAGUGGAAGUGGAACCGGCAGUGGAGGAAGCGGUGGAAGUGGAAGCGGUAUCGGAAGUGGAGGAAGCGGUGGAAGUGGUACGGGAAGUGGAGGAAGCGGUGGAAGUGGAAGUGGCAGCGGAAGUGGAAGCGGCAGUGGAAGUGUACUCCCCGCCUAGAAAGGCAAGACCGCCACCAAGAGGUCCAGGCGAGAACUCGGGAAACCUCAAGGACCGGCUUCGAGAGGAUCACCUCUGGCGAGUUUUCGCUCGCACUAAUCACUAGGAAUUUCACACUGAUUGGAAGUUGCUCGUUUGUGAUUGCCACUAUCCUUAACUAGGGGUUCAGUGGCUGAUGUUUAAAUCCUGAUUCCUUUUUUAAUCGGUAUUUAAUUCAAUGUUAUAAGAUAAUGAAGAGCAA